GAAAAUAGGGUUCGUAUACUAAUUUGGGGAAGAACCAUCGAAUCAAGAUUUUGGGAAACGAGGUAUAAAUCGCAUCCCUCACCCCCUCCAAUUGGACCUAUACGCACAGGAAUUUCCUCAUUUGCAGGAAAUUGAAGACAGAGUGAUACUGUUUUUGAGGGAUCGAUGGUCUAGGGUUUCGUUUCUUAACGAAUCCCGAAACCAGAAUUUCCUCUUUCUUCGUCAACCUCCCUAGUCCCGAUGGAUUCUUCUUCAUUCGUUUCAAAUCGGCUCGACGUGUUUGAGAUGUACAGGCGCUAUUGCGAAAUCAUAUCGGAGGCAUAUGCGUAUGGAGGGGAUGGUUACAGAUUAGCCAACGGGUCAAAGAAAGCUAAAUUUUACAGGAAUGCCUUAUCCCAACUCCUAGAACUGGUUGGGUCAGGGGUGGACGAAAGGACACCAAUUCUUGAAGACGUACCUGCCCUUAUGUCAAGGCUUGAUUUGAUGGUGGACUCAUGUGAGUUCUCACGAUUUUAUAAUUUUGUGUUCUUCAUAUGCCGAGAAAAUGGUCAACGAAGCAUCACUGUAAGCAGGGCAAUCAUGGCAUGGAAACUAGUUUUGUCAGGAAGGUUCCGACUACUCAAUCAAUGGUGUAGCUUCAUUGAGAAAAAUCAGCGGCACAAUAUCUCCGAGGACACAUGGGGGCAAGUUUUGGCCUUUAGUCGCUGUGUACAUGAAAAUCUUGAAGGGUACGACCCUGAAGGAGCUUGGCCUGUUAUCAUUGAUGAGUUUGUUGAGCAUAUGUAUAGGAUAAACGGAUCCGAGGAUGCCCGUAGUUUUGGGUGCAGUUGUGGUGAUUCAGCAGCCCAAACGAUCAACGGCUCUCUCUCUGGAUUGAAAAUCUUUCCGGGGGCGAAGAGGAAGUUGGUUGAAAACUUCGAAGACCAAGAAUUCGACAAGUCUAAUACCGUCAUGAAUUCCAAGAAAAGGCAAACCGAUUUCGGUCAAAACUUGGUCAACCGUGAAGGAUAUCCACCGACUUACGAUUGCGUCGAGAUCGUUAAACACAAUAAUAGCCCGUUGGGUUCAUCCAAAUGUGCUGUAGAAGGCAGCCUCUCAAAAGGGUUUGCAGAACUUCUCUCUUGUUUGCAGUUUGAUCAUGAAAGGAGAGUUUCCUAUGCAUUGUAAAUGCUUAUUUUGAAUUUCGUAUAUAUAAUUUUUACGUUGAAAUCUCUAAAAUGAGAAAUUACUGGAAAUGAAUGCAAUUCUUUUUGUCGAGAUUUUAACCU